AUGCCCUCAAUCGUACAGGUAGCGGAACCAGAUGACUCUGUCGUUCCAAGCAAGGAGCAAAUCCAGAAGGUCUUAAAGAAAAGCCAUGAUCGCUGGCAGCAAUAUGUCAAGCAGGCGACGGAUAAGCCAUCGAUCUUGCUCGAUUGCUUAGAACUUGUCUUUUCUGUGCCACUGGUUGAGCUUCGGGCCGGCUCGGUUCGCUACACGGACAUUCUCGCACCUGUCGUUGAUGAUGCCCCGACCAAGCAAGCGACUUCUCGAGACGUGGUCGUUGACACGGGAGACGCUGAUCCCGCGGCGGCUCAGCGUGCUUGUCUCCCUGGUCGGAUCAGCUAUCAAGAGAUAGAAGGGGUUUUUACUUAUCCGUGGCUGGUGUGGGACCAUGGUGAUAACAGCGAUUCAUCAUCGUCAGCAGAUUCAGUCGGCGUGAAAGAGACAACAAAUGACAAUCUCUCUAUUGGACUGUUAUUAGAAGAACCAGAUGAUAUUCAAGGAAAUAGAGUCGAUCCGAUCGAGCAAACUAGUGCCGGAUGA